AGCGCAGACGGCGAGCGGCGCGAGCGAGAGUCGGCCGCAGUUGGCCGGCGACGCUCGUCGUGGUAGGGGGGUUGUUUACGUUGUUCGUCCCCUCGCGCGGUUCCGCACGUUGAAUCGCAUCCUCGUGUGUGUCUCCGAAUCGUCGUCAGUUGCGUGAAAGUGUAUAAUACCGUUUAAACCGCGUCCUGCGAGAAUCCGAGCGGUCUGCGACACCCGCGCACCUUACGUAUGGAAAAAAUGUAGAAUAUUGCUACGUGGUGGUUUUUAAUCCCAACGCUUCAAUGACACCUCUAGAAAAGCAAUGAAAAUAAGAUAAGCCGCAUUGUCGUCCGCACGAGUUGAGUUGCACGAUGCGAUGAGUCAUCGGCCAAACUUAGACGUCGCGUAUCAAUUAUAUACAGCUGAACGGAGAGUACAUGAACAACGGGAAGACGACGCAUGUUAACUCGAUGUACAAGGAGAUCUUUUUUCAACACUCACGUGCUACGAUGAAUUGCGAAACUCGUGCAUCAUACAGUUGCGUCAUAAUCAGCGAUUAAUCGACUGUGCUUGACGUCCAAUAAUCGCCGGACCCCAGGCUUUCUUUUAUCUGCCAAGUUGGAGUUGAUUUUGCUAUAAUACAAAGUUGGAGUCAAAAGAUCACAUUUCAAAUGUUACCAGUUAAAACUCGCAGGACUGUGGCAAGAGAUCGAUGACCUGUACGUGAAGCGCUCCUUGGACAUUUCGCUCAACAUAUCUUUUUCGAGUCGACGAUCGAAAUUUGACGGAUGAAACAUGUCGUCCUCGAGGCCCAGACGACCUAGCGUAUCGAUCUACGAUUAUCCAGAACAUUUAAAUCCGUUCAACGAUGACACGGCACAUUCUCAACCACAAAUGCAUCACGAGGGUAAAUCGUCGAAAGAAACCAAACACAAGUUCUGGACGUUUGGCAGAAGCCGGAAGAAAAGAUCAAACAGCUUCUCGAUCAAAUCGACUUGGAAUGGGUUGUUUGGAAAGCGUAAAGAAACUCCAGAAUCGACGGAAAAGAGGUCGACGAUUACAACAGUCUCGACUACGUACAAAAGAGAGCCUUACGAUAGACCGGCAGCACCAUCGCGACCGUCCAAGGAUCAACAGGAAUUUGACGAAGCCUUGGGCACUUUAACAAGGAGAAGGAAAUACACUUUCGAUAAUAAUACCUCGAGAUGUAACUCAAAUUUAACGGUAAACGGAGAUCCUGCUAAAAUCUACGAUGGAAAUCCUCGAGAUACCACAACGUCUAUCAUGAGCGUCGAUCUUACACCAAAGCCUCCAGCCAGAAGAUUUGGACAAGUAAGUCCAAGACCGACGGACGAGAUACCACCUUUGGAUUUCGAAGACAAGCAAUCCAAGCAAAAUGGUAGUAUUAAUUGUCACGACAAACCGGAAGAGAUCCCGAUUCCACCAAUGCGAAGAUUUGGCAAUAGAUCAUCGCAAAGAUUGAAUGGAACCGUGUCGGAUGUCGAGGAAGAUUCGACCAAUCGAUUCGGUAACGUUAACCUCAGGGACGAGAACGAAAAUGUGCCCGAGGAUUACGUUUUCAAGAGAUUCAACCAGGACGCCGUGAGAAGAUCGAAUUUGUCCAUCAACAGCUGCAUAUCCAUUAAUAGUACGACAAGUACGUAUGGACGUAAAAAACGAAGAGCACCGCAACCCCCAAAACAGAAGGAACAAUUGGAUACUCCUCUGGAAGACAAUCAUCGGUCUGUAACGGAGGCAAAUACAACGGAACCUACACCAGAAACGAGUAAACUUGAACUCCAAAUAACCGAGCCGAUCGAUAUUGCCAGAGUUACAGAAGAUAUCGGCGAGAUGAAAAAGACUUGCGAAGAAUUGAACGAGGUAUCGCCGCGGAAGGAGAAAGAGCAGACCCAAUUAGAUCCGAAGAUCGAGGACAACAUUAUGAAGAAUAUCGAGGAGACUGAAACGUGUGACAUUUCUAAGGAAGAGGAAAGGAAAAGUCCUUCAGAAGAAAAAACAACACUUAAUACCGACGAAACGUCCAAGAAAACUGAAUCCGAAACAAGAAUAAAUGAAAAAUCAAAUAUUAUUGCGAAAGAUUCUAUCGAAAAAGAUCCCGUGGACAUAGAAUAUAGAAGAGCAUCUCAGGAAAAGAUGGAGAUUAUUAAAGACGUUGAUCAAGAAUCUGAUGAAGUUUGUCUAAGAAAAAAAGGUUCGUCCAGUACACUAUCGCGAAGCAACAGUUUUUCCGUCAAGGAGGAAAUUGAAAAGAUUGAGAAGCAGAUCAAGGAAUUGGAAAGUAAACACGCGUCUAAGGAACAAGAAAAUAUCGACGAUCUGUAUCAAGAUGAUCCGCUAACGAGCACCAGAUUAUCUAUCCAGGAGAAUCGUCGGCACUUUUUCGAAAAUAUGGUAGACGGGCCAUCUGGUCCAGUCAAAUUGGAGUUCAAAAAAUUGCCACGCGAGCAGAAGGAUAUUCAUGUGGUCAGAUUAACUGAUUCACCAAUACCGCUCGCAGCGUCUCGUGACCCGGUGAAGGUAAUCGAACUACACAUUUCCGAGCCGAUCAGACAUAAACCCGAGCUCUUGGACGAGGUAAAUCCCAUACCGAAACCCAGAAGACACAGUGCGCUUAGUCUAAAAGAUGCAUCUGAAUCCAGGUCAAAGGAUGAAAAUAAGAACUUAAAUGAAGAUAAGAGAGGAAAGUCCUUUUAAAAUCUUGAAGCUUUGUCCAUAUCUUUAGACUUCCCAAUGAAAUUCUAUUGUUUCCGUGAUUUUUACAUGUAUUGAAAGCUUAAUCGUGUUUAGCUGUAAUUUCGAGAAUCUAUAUAUUAGAAAUGAACUAUUAUUCAAAGACUGUACGUACAUUCUGUAUAUUUUGUUAUGAGAUUGCAAUUGAUUUCGUACUAAUAUAUUCGUCAAAUAUAUUUUGCAGAAAAAUUUGAUGUGGAAAAAAACUAGCAUUUUUAUAUGUUAUAUAAUUAUAUCUUAUUAUCUUCUGAUGUUUUACCCUGUAAUACCUAGCUAUCAUUUUCAUUAUUUAUUGUUAUGAAAUAAAGCAUAUACUGUCAUAGAAA